AUGGCGGCAUCCAUUUCGGGUUACACUUUUAGUUCUGUGUGUUAUCACAGUGCCAACAGCAACUCCGAUCAUGAAGGUUUCCUGCUUGGGGAGGUGAGACAGGAGGAGACUUUUAGCAUCAGUGACUCUCAGAUCAGCAGUACUGAGUUCCUGCAAGUAGUAGAGGUCCAUAAUCAUGAGCCAUGUGCACAGCUCUUUAGUUUUUAUGACUACACAGGCAAAGUCAAUGAAGAGAGUCUCAGCAGAAUCCUCAGAGACAGGAGAAAAAAUGUGAUAGGUUGGUACCGUUUCCGUAGGAACACGCAGCAGCAGAUGUCUUUUCGUGAGCAGGUGAUCCAUAAACAGCUGACUCAGAUUCUUGGUGUUCCCGACCUCGUCUUCCUCCUCUUCAGCUUCAUCUCCACUGCCAACAGCUCCACUCACGCUCUGGAAUAUGUGCUGUUCAGACCCAACCGCAGCAGGUAUAACCAGAGGAUCUCUCUGAGUAUCCCAAACUUGGGCAACACCAGCCAACAGGAAUAUAAAGUUUCCUCUGUCCCCAACACCUCAAUGAAUUAUGCCAAUGUCAUUAAAGAACAUGGAGCGGAGUUCUUUGACAAGGAUGGAGUGAUGAAAGAUAUACGCACCAUUUUCCAGGUGUACAGCGCUCUGCAGGAAAAAGUCCAGGCUGUGUGUGGAGAGGUGGAUGAGAGUGAACGAGUAAGGGAGAAAAUCCAAGAAGAAGUGAACAAACUCAAACAGGAAAUAGCACUCAGGAAGCGCAGGACCGCUGAGGAGGAGAGGAGGCUUCAGGAGGCAGCAGGCAUUGAUAUACAGUCAUCCUCAGCCACAGAUGCUUGUGUUUCGGAUCCCUCUCCUUCCCUGCUGUCCCGCGUGGGGUUCCAGAAUUCCUCACCAGAACGUUCUGUGCUGGAUAGACCCGGACCUUCACCGGCGCUUUCCAUUUACACUGCCCCUCCACUGCCCGAUCCGAUAGGUGCCCCCCUCUUACCCAGGCCCCAGGCUGUUGGGUCUCCUGGACACCCCUCACCCAGCCCUGGUCUCGGGAACGGGGAUGGAUCUAGUUCUGACUCUCUGGACCGGCAGGCUGCAGGACAGGAGGACCAGGAAGAUGACAACGACGAUGAUGUAGACGAAGAUGAGGAAGAGGAGGACAGUAGCGAGUAUGAGAACCUGCUUAGUGAGCAAUCUCAGUCGCCCUUGGCAACAGAAUCUCUGUCUCUAGGACGACCAGCUGCCUUGCGGCCUGAUGGGGAUGCCCACAGCUCCUCGAGCUCAUAGUGAGGAGAGCAGAGGAGGGAAGAGAAGAGAAGAGGAGAGGAGAGGAGAGAGCGAAAAUGUGGGUUUGUCUUGUUAAAGGUCUGUGUGUGGGUGGGACUGUCAGUGGGUGAAAAGGCCCAGAGCACAAACCACACUCACUUGAACAAAAUCCUCUCUUCCUAAAAAAAAAAAAACCUGACUUAGAAGGGAGGGGUUGUCCCUGCCUGCUGUACCGAAUGACUGGAAUUCUCUCUCCUUCUCUCGUUUUUUUCUCUCUCCAUUUCCUCUUGGAUGGACAAAUUCUUUCUGUUCGCAAUGGAUCAUCCGGCUGACAUUGACUUGGUGACCUGGAUCACCUGACGAAACCAUUUACCUCUCGCACUGUUCUUGCCUUAUUUUAAUUUAAAUAGAACAGCAAAGGGAAACGUCCUCUGUGGCCUUCAGUCUCAUCUAUCUGUCAGUCCAUCCUAUUCUUUCACUUUUUUUGCGUUUGUUGUUCCCACAUCUGAGGAAGACAGGAAGAACAGUGCUUUAGUCUGCGUUUCUAAUGGAUUUCAGCCCUCAGAAUUUUUUUUCUUUGGUUUUUAAAUAAUCAGCUCGUCUUCUGUUCAGCCAAACCGUGGCCUGCUAAGGGAACAGGACAAAGAGAGGACAUUUUUGAUCAAAGCUAUAUUCAUUUGCCACUAUAAUGGGGUGCUUCUGUUAUUUUUUAUGGCAGGAAUAACUAAUGUCACUGAAUCGACUAAAAAAAAAAAAACAACAAAAAAAAAAGUUAAACUGUCUAAUUUUUUUCUGUUCACUCUGAUAUUGUGACUCUGUGGCAGAUGUCUGCAUUGCGCUUUAAGUGGAGGGAGGUUCCUGAGCUCACCAGGGCUCUGCUGAGUGUAGUAAAGUCACUCCCAACACACUGAGCUCUUUAUCAGCGAUCACUUUCGUCACUACUCAAUGGUUAUCAACUGUUAGAUUAUCACCCAGAGUGGUUGACCUGUCAUCAAAUGUAGGUAAACAGCUCUUGGCUGGCUGUCUCAGAGGCGUUUCUGCUGUGAGGCUCAUAAAAGAUCAUAUGUCACACUGUAUUUUUACUCAAACCCCUCAUGGCCAGUGCGGGUUCGUUAUCUUAUUACUACGGUAACCACAUCGUUUGGUCACUUCAGUGCAUGAUUCAGUACAUAAUCAUGGAGAACUCUGCUCUAUACAAUACUCAGACUCUCCUACUCAUCCAUCUAUGAGGCAGAAGCCC